CCCCUCGUGCCACACUCUGAUCAGGACUUAAACGAACGUCGCAAAGAGUAGGCUACAAGCCAUUUUUUAACCACGGAUAUUAAGUGAGGCAAACCAGACACCACAUCCGAGUCCACAAACUUUUUUUUCCUAAAGCGGCGGUCUUCUUGCGCGAGUGCGUGACCAAAAGCUCCAGGUAAGAUCCUGGAACCAGGAAGUGCAGGCUACAGGGGAUCUCCGGUGUGGAGUGAGCGCGGCGGUCGGUGCGCAUCAGACAUGUCUGAUGUUAGGUACUGCGAGAGGUGCUCCUACCUCUUUCUGAAGGUCUUUCUCAUCAUAUACGCGACGAUUUUUUGGCUGAUCGGAGGUCUAAUCCUGGCGAUCGGCAUCUAUGCGGAGGUGGAGCGUCAGCGCUACAAGACCCUGGAGGGUGUCUUCCUGGCCCCCGCCAUCAUCCUCAUCGUGCUGGGGGUCGUCAUGUUCAUCGUCUCCUUCAUAGGGGUACUCGCCUCCCUCAGGGACAACCUGUGCCUCCUCAAAGUGUUUCUCUACAUGCUCAGCGUGUGCCUGAUCCUGGAGCUCCUGGGAGGAAUACUGGCCCUCGUGUUCCGGAACCAGACAAAAGAGCUGCUGAACAAGAACAUUCGAAAGGGCAUGGUGAACUAUUACGAUGAUCUAGACUUCAAGAACAUCAUGGAUUUUGUCCAAAGAAAGUUCAAGUGCUGUGGGAGCGAGGAGUUCUCGGACUGGAAGGUGAACAUGUACCACAACUGCAGCGCUCCCGGACCCCUGGCCUGUGGAGUUCCCUACACCUGCUGCAUGGAGCUAGAGCCUGGUCAAGUUGUCAAUACACUGUGUGGAUCUGGAGUGCUGAAUAAAGACCGGCAGGGAGCCGGGCAGGUGAUCCAUGCUCGAGGCUGCACCAGUGCCAUCCUCAUCUGGUUCAUGGAUAACUACAAGAUCAUGGCUGGGCUGCUCCUCGGCAUCCUGCUGCCACAGUUCCUGGGUGUGCUGUUCACCUGGCUCUACAUCACGCGUGUGGAGGACGCCAUAGAGGAGUACAGCCAUUAUGAGAGAGUGCUGCUGGACAGGAGAGGAGCCAAGCAGCAGGGCAAGGUGUCCAGGUGGUGCCGAUGCCUGCCCGAACUGGAAUGAGGCAACCAAAUGAUACAGGCGCCUGCCUGAAUUGGACUGAGGCAAUGAAGGUCAUGACAAUCUACUAAUACCAUCACUGCCUCUCAGGGCUGGACUGGCCAUCUGGGAAACUGGGCAUUUCCUGGUGGGCCCUGCACCCUCGUGGGCCCCUAUUUUCAGAAAUGUCACAUUUUUACAUUUCUGAAAAUAGGGGCCCAUGAGGGUGCUUGGCCCACCGGUGAGUCAGUUCUGUGCCGCUAAUUAUGAGGGGCCCUUUUAAGUCAAAAGUCCCCGGGCCCUACUUCUCCUCCUCUCCAGCCCUGAUGGCUCUUCAGAGCACACAUGUACAGUACAGAUAUACGGUAUGACAUAUCUAUUCUACAGUACAUGCCCGAACUGCACUGAGAAAACCAACGGUUUCAGCCCAUGACGAUCUACAAAUACCACAGUACCCCUUGAGAGCAUAGACAUACUGUACAGUAUAGACCAUUGACAUGUAUAAGUAUAUGGACAGCGGACUUCUACUGUAUUCCAUUUAAUCGUUUUGAAACAUCCGCGAUUGAUCUGCGAAAAUACUUCUGCCCCAAAAUUUCCGGAAGGGUACCUUAGCAACGCUGAGAACAUGUGUUGAUUGGCUGACACCUCGUUGCGUUUGACUGUCAAUCAAUAGAAUUCUAAAACAAUUCUAACCGUCAAUCAACCCAACUAAUAAUGCUCAUUGGUCAUUUAAAUAAUUAGAUUAGGCAAUGGCGCUCUACUUUCUUGUUCUGCCCCAAAACAUUCUCAAGUCCCGCCUCCAGCCGUUGCUUCAGUUAUGAAUCACAGGUACAAUGUCCCCUUUAUUCAGGUCAGUGGUAUAGACAUAUGGCAUAUGUAUACACAUGCCCGAGCAGGACUGAGCCAGCAAGGUCCAUGACAAUCCACAAAUACCACUAGUACCUCCUUGAGAGCAUAGACAUGGGUCAAUGACAUUUUUCAUUAGACAUCAGGUGAUGCAACCACAGCUAAUGCCUCUAUUGUAUUAAUUUAUUUGAUUAGUUGUUAAUUGGUAAUUAAUGCACACACAACGAAUAUGCUUUUUAUAUAAUCCGUUAAAAACAAACAGAAGAAAAGUUAAUGGCAGCAUUUAGGUCAAUGAUGGCCUUAGCUGUGGUUUCCUUAGCUGUCGUUGCACCAACCUGAAGCCUACUUCUAAAAAAUGCCAAUGACCCACAUGUUAUGACAUAUACAGUAUGUCUAUCUAUCUAUGGUUGAGGUUGCGGGUUGAUUUCCUCAGCCUACUAGAAAAACAACAUGGAUAACGGCACAAGGGGAUAUGAAGAUUAAAUGGCUUCCUGGUGUGUCAAACUAUAUGAUUUGAUUUCAUGACGUGUGUGUGUGUGUGCGAGUGCAUGUCUGCACGCAUUUUCAUGAAGUGUAUGUGAGUGCGUGCGUGCGUGCGUGCGUGCGUGCGUGCUAACCUGGCUGCCAAUUGAAGGCAGCUAUACCCUAUCUAGCUAGCGGCUCAGGGAGACUCUCUUCUUUUUCUGAUCUUGCCAAAGGUGCGUCAAUCAAUGGGAUUUUGUUUUUGCCAUUUUAAGGUUUUGUGUAUAUUUUGUUUGGGAAUAAACAUAAAGGGUAAAAUGUUCAAAACAACAAAAAAUUUGUCACUUCCAACAUGGAAAAUGACAUCUUUUCAUUUACGGGAUUUGGGAAGAUAGUGUGGGAUUAUUGAAUGGUACAUUUUUGUCUUUCUUUUUGUGACUGUUGUGACUGGGUCUUAAUUUCUGUAGUGAUGAACAAAGUGAGUUUGUCCCAUCAAUGCACACUCCAAGUGCCAAAUACCAGAAUUAAUCUGCACACACAAGAUGAACAUGUUACUCAGGUUAGAACCCAUCCACAACACUUUCACUACCCCGUGUCUUGCCUGCUAUUUGCGGUAUACAAAACUACUUUUUAGUUUAAAAAAACCCAUCCACAACACUUUCACUACCCCGUGUCUUGCCUGCUAUUUGCGGUAUACAAAACUACUUUUUAGUUUAAAAAAAACCAAAAACAAAUGUCAAGAGGGCUCUAAAUGUAAUGUGUUGCGCAUGAUCUACUCUGACUAUACUAGCACGUUCCAUAUCUGUGGUAUAUGACCUUGAAAAGAUAUUGCAGUAUUUUGUACAAGCAACGCAUGCUUUUAUGGCUUGGGAAAUACUACUUGCAACCAUGAUGUUUGUAUUUUGAACUUGGCUUGCCUUCUUCAUCUUAAUGUAUUUCGCGCUGUAUACCACUACGCCAAAUUACCAUGCUGCAUUACCAUGCUAAAUAUGAAGAAUUAGCUGUGACGACAAUUAAUCUUUAAUUAAUUAAUCUUUUAAGUCAUGUUGUGCUGCACUAAGUUUAAGCUCUUUAUAGCCUUUAAAGUGCCACUCCUUCAGCCUAUAAAUGUAACCUCCGUUUGCCUUGAUGGCCUGACAUUUAAAAGGAUGAAUAUUUUGUAUCUUUUCUAUCUUUUUUUGUAUCUUUUUAAUACAUUUUGCUGUCCAUGUGAAACAGUUUUCUACAUUGACUUGAUGCUGGUCAGUAAUGGAGCUGUAAUUACUCGUCAUAGCCACUCUAGUAACUCUGCUGUAAUGGUCAUAGCCACUGUAGUGAUAAUGGAGCUUUAAUGGAGCUGUAAUGGCAGUAACCACUGUAACAGGAACAUUUCUCCUUUUCCCUUUAAAAGUGCACUGGACUAAUUGAAUGAAAAAUGUAUGCACACUUGAAUCCUUUUUAGUUCUUAUACUUGCCAAGCUUUUGGUCAAAGAUAUUCACUACCACCGACCACUACUUCACUCCUACCAUCUUGAAUGUUGGUCAAAGGAUUCAAGUGUGCAGACAUUUUUUUCAUUCGAUAUUCACAGGUCUUGCUUAUGUGUGGUACCUUUUAGUUGCGAGUGUGGUGUAAUCUGUCUACGUACACUGGACUUGGCACCUCUAGGCACUCUCACCAGUCAAAGAUGUGUGAAAUGCAUCAUCUACUUUCAGCCAAACUAUUACUACUAGUACUACUAGGCAUUCGUCAGGACGUGACCUGCACAUUGUCUUUUUUCCUAAAUGGUUUUCUUGCUUUUAAUGUGUUAGUGUUUUGUUAUUUGAAUCUUUCAUUAAUUCCAUCAUGCCAUUUAUUUUUAAUGUGUGUGUGUGCGUGCAUGUUUAUGUGAAUGUUUGUGUGUGUGUGUGUGCUUGCAAUCAUAUUUAGUUGUACCUGGAUAGUACGUGUAUGUACAGUUUGGCCUGUUGUUGACUAAAUAAAAGAUGUUUUGCUACA